AUGGGUAAAUCUCGUGGUUACAGAUCAGGUACUCGUUACGCUUUCCAACGUGACUUCAAGAAACAUGGUACUAUUGCCUUAUCCACCUACUUAAAGGUUUACAAGGUUGGUGAUAUCGUUGAUAUUAAAGCCAAUGGUGCUAUCCAAAAGGGUAUGCCACACAAAUACUACCACGGUAAGACUGGUAUCGUUUAUAACGUCACCAAAUCAUCCGUCGGUGUUAUUGUUAACAAGAUUGUUGGUAACAGAUAUAUUGAAAAGAGAGUUAACUUAAGAGUUGAACACGUCAAACACUCUAAAUGUAGACAAGAAUUCUUAAACAGAGUUAAAACUAACGCUGCUUUAAAGAAAGAAGCCAAAGCAAAGGGUGAACAAGUUAACUUAAAGAGACAACCAGCCAAACCAAGAGAAGCUAGAAUCAUCUCCACUGAAGGUAAUGUUCCUCAAACUUUAGCUCCAGUUCCAUAUGAAACUUUCAUCUAA